AUUUUUGAGUUAAUUGGAGCAGAUCGUUACGAAUAGUAUUCAUUGCCUGUGAGCAUUGAGAAAUCUUGACUUGUGACAAUGGAAUAAAAAUAUAUAUAAACAUGGAUUUUAAUAUAUUUUGUACAUGAUUCUUAACAUUCUGUUAUAUAUUUGAAACAAAGGAUAUUUAUUUUAACUGUAAACAGUCUACCAGACCCCAUCUACAAAGGAUAAAGUGUUAGAAGUAAACAUGUCUGGAAUUAGUUUAUUAACCAAUAGCAUGGGUUUAUCUGGUACCUGUACACCAACAAAAGAUGGGAUAGAUGAAGUUUUAAGUAUCAUCACACCAGAGAUGAAGAAAAAUUUGUUUCAAACCACUGACGAAGACGACGAUUCCGGUAUUGGUUUGGAGUUUAAAAAGUUACCAGAAGACCUUCCAGUGCCAAGAUUUUCAGCAAUCUGUUCGGAUAACCCUUCGGAAUCUCUCACUCCAGAUAUAUGUUUUCAGAUCCGAAAACCAAAAAGAAACACCAGAAACUCGCUUUUCUCUUCAAAACGCCUCCUUGAAGAAGAUGUUGGACCAUCAGCAAAAUUGCAACGUUGUGAUGACACAAAUUUUAAACGGUGGUUUUCAUUUGGGGACCAAGUAAACACAAAUAGUCCAAUGCAAAUUAAAGAAUCAGCUGUUUGUCGACUUGGAGAGACUGUGGAACUAGGUAAGAGUCCAGCGGUGAGCGUGCAGUCCAUUGUAUCCAAUUCCAGUGAGAAUCAUGUCCAGUCAGCUGUUUCCCGCCUAAGCGAGAGCCAGGAUCUUAUAGCUGAUGGCUCUAGUACGUUUUGUCUUCAGAUGGUCAGGGGACAGCAUCCAGAUUUGAAAAGUAUUUCUCCAGUUACGAUGUUAGAAUUACUCAAUGGUCAUCUUGACCAUAUGAUUGACAGUUACAAAGUCAUAGAUUGCAGAUACCCAUAUGAAUUUACUGGUGGUCAUAUAAAGGGAGCCGAAAAUCGGUUUACACACGAAAGCAUAUUAGAACUAUUAACAUUACAAAGUCCACCAAAGGUCGGAGGAAAAAGAAAGAUACUUGUCUUCCAUUGUGAAUUUUCAUCAGAAAGAGCACCAAAAUUGUGUCGAUUUCUGAGAGGAAAAGAUCGUGAACAGAACAAAGAACAUUAUCCUGCACUUAACUACCCAGAAGUCUACAUUCUGCAUGGCGGCUACAAGGCAUUCUACGAACAACACAAGGAUAUGUGUACCCCGAUUGGAUACAAACCCAUGCUUCACUCAGAUCAUUCCGCGGAUUUACGUCACUUCCGUAUAAAAUCCAAAUCAUGGACUGCUGGAGAAAAACGACGUUAUGCCCUCAAGACAUUAAGAUUUUAAUUACCGAAAGAGAAAGACACUAAGUGCUUAUUUGUAAAUGUUUUGUUGAUUUUUUGUUUUUGUACAUACGCGAGAUGCGUGCUUCAAUAUAUAGUGAAACCUGUCCUAACCAAAACUCUUCUGGACUUAAGAUUUUGUUCGGUUUUUUGGAGGUUUUUGUUUUAACCGGGUUCACAACGCAUAAUGUUUGAUACGACUAGAAAAUACUUAGUUUAGAAAAGUUUUCGGUUUAUGCAAGAUUUAGUUUAAACAGAUUUCACUAUAUAAGAUUACAUAACAAAUUGAUGGCAUCCAUCAGUUUAUACACUGUCAUAAAUAUUAUUUGUGUAUUAUACAUUUGUAGAUUCAAAAUUCCGGUGUAUACGGAUAUGUAAAUUGUAAAU